UCAUAUUCUGUAUCAUUUGAGGACUAAAUCUAAAAAAAUAGGCGUUAAGGUUAGUGAGGCAUCGUGUAAGGUGCAAUGCUGACAGAGGACUCAUCGCCCAAAAAUGUGCCUCUAUGUUGAGCAACGCAUUCAUUCCUCGAUGCAUUUCAAUCCGCCCACAGAGAGACAGGUUUUUCCACGACUCAGUUUCAUGCUCCAUUCAGUAUAAAGGUGAGGUCUGAAAUUGUUCAGAUGGUUUGAGAUCAUAAGUGUAGUGUUUGAUCACUGUAGGACUACUGUAAACGUUUGAUCAAAUAUGAGAUUGAAAAUGUAUUCCUGACCCCGGAAAACAGCAGCUGAUAUCCCAAUCUCUAAUGGAGUAUGCCCAGUUGUCGUUGAAUUUAGGAUGUUUACACGUCCAUUUUAUCUGACUGCUUUGUGGACCAAUCAUCCAUUUAUCCAUCCAAGUAUACAUCCAAGUAUCCAUUUCAUCUUAAAAAUUAUGAUUCUAAUCAGUCAGAUUAUGUAACGACGAGACAAACUCCAUCUGCUGAAGAACACUGAUGGUUAAAAGCUCCAGAAAAAGCAACUACGUCGACCUCGUCGGGAGAUUGUUUUGUCAACUAAAUUGUAAAAUGUUCCACAGUACUGGAGGUACUAACUGAGAAAUAAGAAAACAACAAGGCGGAGUUUUGUCACAACUAUCUCAUAGUAUCACAUAUCAGUAUUUUUGUAAACAUGUCAUUUCAUUUCAAACCAUUAUAUCAUUAUACAUCUCCACAGUGUUAAUGCAAGUUAUUUAUCAUAUAACUCUGACAGUCUGGUUUUUAGAAAUAAUGUUCCUGUAUGUCGUCGGACUGGUAGCUCCCUGGCUGGUCUACCGCUGGUACAAGGAAAGGAAACGAGUGCCCAACAAAGAAGAUAAAUAUGUCUACAUCACUGGCUGUGACACUGGGUUUGGUAAUCUCCUCGCGAGACACAUGGACGCGCUGGGCUUCAAUGUAAUUGCGGGUUGUUACACUGAGAAGGGCGAGGAUGAGCUGAAGAAGUUCGCCUCCGACAGACUCGAGACCUUUCACCUGGAUGUCACCGACUCGGAGAGUGUCAGCAAAGCAGCUGCUUUCAUCAAGACUCUGGUUGGACAGAAGGGCCUGUGGGCCGUCGUGAACAAUGCUGGAGUCGCUCUGCCGUCCGGUCCCACUGACUGGCUCACCAUAGACGACUACAAGGACAUGCUCGCUGUCAACCUAUGCGGCGUAAUCGACGUGACGCUGAGCGUCCUCCCUCUCAUCAAGAAGGCCAGAGGCAGAGUGGUGAACGUCGCCAGUGUGUUCGGGCGAGUCAGCCCGUUCGGCGGGCCGUACUGCGUGUCCAAGUUUGGAGUAGAGUCCUUCAAUGACAGUCUGCGUAUAAACAUGGCAGCAUUUGGAGUCAAGGUUGCAUGCAUCGAGCCAGGCUUCUUCAGAACAAAUGUGACUGAUGUAGACUUGAUGCAAAAUAGCCUGAGGAAGCUCUGGGACAGAUUACCUCAGAGUCAGAAGGAUGAAUAUGGACCUGGUUACUUGAAAGCAUCGAUUGAAAUGCUGAAUCAAAGGUUCAGCAUGUUGACAGACAGUAAUCUGAUGAAGGUGGUCUGCUGCAUGGAGCACGCCGUCUCUGCCGUGCAUCCUCGUACUCGCUACUCUGCUGGAUGGGACGCAAAGUUCUUCUGGUUGCCUGUGUCCUACAUGCCAACUUGGGUCAUGGAUAGACUUUUUCGUAGAAAUCUCCCAGAAUUAAUGCCAAUAGUAUCUGCAAUGUAGCUUCUGUCAAAUCAGCUGUGGGAAGAAAAUAAAUUGGGCUAAUUUGCAUCACA